CAGCCGCUGCACCCUGGCCGCGUAGCAGACGAGCCCAGGCCCCGCCCGGGACGGCAGCCGCGCCAUGGACGUUCCUAGCUCUUCCAGUUCCCGCUUCUCGGUCAGCUCUGCCAGCCCCGGCACUGUGCUCCUCUAUGCGAAAGAGCUCAAAAAGUGGGAUGAGUUUGAAGACAUCUUAGAGGAGAGGAGGCAUGUCAGUGACUUGAAAUUUGCCAUGAAGUGCUACACACCCACCUUGUAUAGGGGAGUCACUCCCUGCAAACCAAGUGACAUCAAGUCCAUUGUUCUCAACUCUGAAGAGAUUCACUAUGUCAUUAAGCAGCUUUCCAGGGAGUCCCUUACAUCUGUCGACACCCUCCGAGAGGAGGCCACUGCAAUCUUGGAGGAAAUGAGCCACAAACUUCGUAUGGGAGCCAUCCGGUUCUUUGCCUUUGUCCUGAGCAAAAUCUUUAAACAGAUUUUCUCAAAGGUGUGUGUGAAUGAAGAAGGCAUUCAAAAGCUACAACGAGCUGUCCAGGAGCACCCUGUAGUCCUGCUGCCCAGUCAUCGGAGCUACAUUGACUUCCUCAUGCUGUCUUUUGUUCUGUACAACUAUGAUCUCCCUGUGCCAGUUAUUGCAGCAGGAAUGGACUUCCUGGGAAUGAAAUUGGUCGGUGAGCUACUCAGGAUGUCUGGGGCCUUCUUCAUGCGGCGCACCUUUGGCGGAAAUAAACUGUACUGGGCCGUAUUCUCUGAAUAUGUGAAGACCAUGCUACGGAAUGGUUAUGCUCCUGUUGAAUUUUUCCUCGAAGGGACAAGGAGUCGCUCUGCCAAGACCUUGUCUCCUAAAUUUGGUCUCCUGAAUAUUGUGAUGGAACCAUUUUUUAAAAGAGAAGUUUUUGAUACCUACUUUGUCCCAAUUAGCAUCAGUUAUGAUAAAAUAUUGGAAGAAACUCUUUAUGCCUAUGAGCUCCUAGGAAUUCCUAAGCCAAAGGAAUCCACCAGUGGGCUGUUGAAAGCUAGACGGAUUCUCUCUGAGAACUUUGGAAGCAUCCAUGUGUACUUUGGAGACCCUGUGUCACUGCGCUCUCUAGCUGCAGGGCGGCUCAGUCGGAACCCCUAUAACUUGGUGCCAAGAUGCAUCCCUCAGAAGCAGCCCGAGGAUGUACAUGCCUUUGUCACUGAAGUCGCCUACAGGAUGCAGCUUCUGCAAAUUGAAAACCUGGUUCUGAACCCAUGGCUUCUGGUAGUUGCCAUUCUACUUCAAAACCAGUUAUCCAUGGACCUGGACACCCUGGUGGAGAAGACUCUGUGGCUGAAGGGCGUAACCCAGGUGUUUGGAGGGUUCCUGCUUUGGCCUGAUAACCAGCUUCCUGAGGAAGUGAUCCAAUCCAGCAUCCUCCUGCACUCCAACCUGGCCAGCCUUGUCAAAGACCGGGUGGUUCUGAAAGUGAACUCUGGCAGCUCAGAAAUGGUCAAUGGACUUGUGUUCCAACACACCACCCUCCUCAUGUGCUCGGCCUACAAGAACCAGCUGCUCAACGUUUUUGUCCGUCCGUCCUUAGUAGCUGUAGCCUUGCACAUGACGCCUGGGUUCAGGAAAGAGGAUGUCUUCAGUUGCUUUUCCUUCCUACGCAACGUGUUUUCAGAUGAGUUCAUCUUCCUUCCAGGAAACACACUCAGGGACUUCGAGGAAGGCUGUUACUUGCUGUGUAGAACUGAGGCUAUACAGAUGACUGGGAAGGACAUCAUCAUCACAGACAAAGGGAAUGCUGUGCUAGAAUUUCUUGUAGGGCUCUUUCAACCUUUUGUGGAAUCAUACCAGAUACUUUCCAAAUACCUCUUGCAUGAAGAAGAGGCCUGCUUCACUGAGAGACAGUACUUGGUUGCAGCUAGGAAGUUCACCAGUCAGCUUCUGGAUCGAGGUGCCUCUCAGUGUUACGAUGCGUUGUCUUCUGAGCUGCAGAAAAAUGCCUUAGCAGCUUUUGUGAGACUCGGCGUGGUAGAAAAGAAGAAGGUGGGUCAGGACCCACAGGUUGAGAACUACUGGUAUAGAGUCUCCUCAGUGAACAAGUAUUUUGAAGCCAAACUCUCGUCAUUGUGUAUCUCGUGUGGUCAGAACAGGAGCAAGAAGCCUGUUUCAGCUACUUCAGACUGGGGCUGUUGUUGUACCUGGGCUGUGGUAGAGCACUUGCCUACCAUGUGUGAGGACCUGGAAUUGGUCCCAAGGCCUGAAGGAAUAAAAAAGAUAGUAACUAUGUGUUUAGUGUGAACGAGCCUGCCACAAGCAAAUUAGAAGAAAUGCUCGGUUGUAAGACGCCAAUAGGAAAACCAGCCACUGCAAAACUUUAAUAAUCAUGAAGCAGCUGUAGAAAGCACAGUUCCAUAGUGACAGUCACAAAGGACUUACUUUGCCACACAUGGGCAUCAAGAGGAGGAUGUGUCUUCUAUCUCCCUGAGACCUUGUGAGCCGUGCUUCUGCCAAGAGGAGGAGAUGACCAGUGAGAGCAUCAGUGUGAUCUUCCUGACAUGACGACUGCGGCACUCAUGUCAACCUGUGUGUUCUGAAAUAAAACAGUUUUUGGAAAACA